AUGAACGUGCAAGUGAUGUGGGAAGAUAUUUCCCCCGAAGAAAUCACCGCGGAAUCCGGAUGGAAGAUCGCAGGAGAGCGCCAGUCGAGACCCCGCCACCGCGCGACGGACUCGGCACCCGUAGUCGACGCAAGACCGAACAGGCCCGGCACCGACCGGAAAGCUACGAAACUCAAGAACGUCAAGGGACAAAUCAUCAAGGCAGGCCGCAUGCCCCUGCUACCGAAGGAAGAAACCAAGAUUGUGGUGCGGCCGCAGGGCGGCCUCGACAUCGCCAGAGUCGGCGCCCCGACGGUCACAGCCGCCAUCUUCGCUGCCGCCGGAAUAACGGGUGAGGACAGCAUGGAAGACACGGUAUGCCCGAACCCCGAGCAGAACAUCGUUGUCAUCAGUACAUCGAAGCGAGCGAAUGCGGACCGCUACACCAAGAUAAGGCAGAUAUACAUCCAAGGCAAGCAGCACGAAGUCAACGCUAAUGAGACGGCACCUCAUAACACUAACAAGGGAGUGAUCCGCAGUAUCCCCGUCGAGGAGGGACCCCGAGAGUUGGACGAGAAGAUUGUCAAUCCGAGAAAUCCACUAGCCCUGGCGGCCAAGUGCAUCGGCAACACGACCACGGUGAUCGUCGCGUUCGACGGACUCAAGGUGCCCAACUACGUUAGGUACGGCGCAACGCUUGCACCCUGCUCACUGUACCGUAAGCAAAUUGACGUCUGCUACCAGUGCGGUCGCCUCGGCCACCGAAAGGACGUCUGUCCAAACCCCACCAACCGCAUCUGCCUGGGCUGUGGCCUCUCUAUCCCGGAACCGGACCACCAGUGUACCCCCAAGUGCAGCCUGUGCGGCGGAGCUCACCUGACCGCCGACAAGGUUUGCCGAGCGAGAUACAAGACCCCGUACGUGGUGCGCAAGAGACAAUGGGAACGCCACAAAGCCAACGGCCAGCUGUCGCAGCAAGACUUCCCGCCCCUCCGCCAGGGUUCGGCCAAAUCCCGGUCGCCCUCACGUGACCGGUCCCUUUCCCACAGCGGGAGUAGGAAGCACAGCAGCGCUGCCUCGCGGUCGGGCUCCAAGACAUCGCCUCCCGAAGACAAGGUGCGCUGGGCGAACACCGUCUGGGGCGCCGCACGGGGGACCGGUAGGGCACCUAAAGCCCCAGAGCAAACUCAGGCUAUUGAUCACGGCGUCGUAGAAGCGCUGAGGAAAGAGAACGCGGUUAUGCCCGAACUGGUACAAAAGUUAAUGCAGGAAAUGCGCGAGCUCCGACGCGAACGCGCCGCGGCGGACCAACCGAAACAGAACGAACAGCCCCCGGCACCUGCCAACGCACCAAUCGCGGACGCACCGGCCCCGAAGAAACGGGCCAUAGAGCCACAACAGGAGGGAGGCCCAGAGGGCCAGGUACAGGCGGAGUUUAGGGACAUCAAGAGCAUGCUCUGCAGCAUGCAGAGCUCCAUCGAAGCCCUACGCGCAACGGUUGCCGAACUAGCAAGCAGGACAACCUACCUGGAGAGAAACGUGCAGAUGACCAUGAGCCGCCCUGUUUUCGCGCAAAACAGACAAGCACCUCUGAACAACAGCCAGGGACCGAGCCGCCACCAAGGGCAGCCGGACAACUUCUCACCCGAAUCAACAUGGCCAGCGGUAAUUCAGGGAUAA